AUGGAGAAAUACGCCAAAUUCAGCACUCUUCUGGCUUCAUGGUCCUCCUGGCUUCGGAAAGAAAUCAAUUGUUUGCCCCUUGGCUUUAACACUAUCGAGGAGAAAUACGAUAAUUGGGCCUUUCGAGGUCUUGACCACGAAUCCAUUCAGUACGACGAAGUCUGGUCCCUGUUCUGCGCUGCCACUGAGCAAUAUAAGCGGAUAUAUUUGAUCAUCGAUGGGCAUGAAGAAAUCGAGCCUCAUGAACAAGGGCGGUUCCUGGAUGCAAUAAGCCAUCUCUUCGCCAAAGGUGCAGCCCAUUGCAAAGUUGCAAUCUCAAUUCGCGAUUCUCCAGAGAUCAGUCACCUUGAUAGACAUCACCACUUGAGAAUUUGCCCAUCUGACAAUGAGGAUGACAUUCGCAACUUAGUUAUUACAAGGAUAGGAAAGAACAGUCAAAUGAGUCUGUUUGGACGAGAUAUUAGCUCUGAAACUAAGGAAUACCUGCUCCAUUUUCUCGUACAGCGUUCUCGAGGAAUGAUUCUAUGGGUACAGUUGCAGCUCGACGAGCUUGUCCAUGCAACAACGUAUGACGAGAUGGUGUCUCUUAUUGAUAAAUUCCCUACAGGUCUCAAAUCUUUAUAUCGUAGCCUCUGGGACCGUGUCAAUCGGCAACGGGGAUCCAAACGCAUUUUGGCUUGCGCUGUCUUGGAGCUCUUUACCUUCACAGAAUAUCCAAUCAGGCUGAACUGCAUGAAGCGAGUGAUUGAACAGAGAACGCAAUCCGCAAGCCUAUAUGCGGAUGACAUCAAUCUAACUCUGAUUCUACACGUUUGCCACAGUAUGGUAGCGUAUGAUGAGCGACUCGAUACGCUCCAUUUUGUUCAUACGACAGCACGCCAUUACUUGGCAAAGAGACUAGAUGCGCAGCUUGCUCAUGCGUGGCUUGCAGAGACUUGGCUGCAAGAGCUCCUCCGCUUUGCGUCCACUUCCUCAUCUACAUUGGAUUACACCAAUAUUGAGUCAUCGAACGCUUCUGGUGUUGAUGUGGCGGUCAAUUUUACAUUGUGUGCUGCAAUGAGCUGGCACUACCACAGCCGCAAUUGCACAAAAACACCAAGAUACAAGAACACAGAGUUCGCUUUUCUAUCUCAUGCAACAGCGCCAGGUGUGUGGAUACGAAUUCUUAAUUCAGCGGAUGGUGUUCGCAGUAGCAGACUCCGCACGCUACUGGGUUUUCUUCGGGUAUGCCCGAAGAAAAUGGAUUCUCUUUUCCUAGUCGCGUGCUUCUUCCGCCUCGACGGCAUCUUCACCACUAGCCUGGCGAGUGGCGAGAUUACCACGGGCAAGAAUAUCAAAAUUCCGUCGUGGGAUCACAUCCGCACGUGCAUUUCGUGGGCUGGUCGAUUUUCUUCGUCUUCCUCAUGGCAAACCCCAGAACAGAUCAUUGCAGAAUACGCUAGAAUGACCAUCAAGAGUCUGGGGUAUUUGGGGGAGUUGUUUUUGAUUGCUUGA